AUGUACUCCAACAGAAUAGUGAAAACAAAAGUUUCCCAAGACUUUCAAAAUACAUAUGUAUAAUAUUUUAAUUGAUUUUUUAGUCUUCAAGUUUUAAAAGAUAAUAAUUUCACACAUAAACUGGAUCUAUAUCACCAUGCAGAAUUACAGCUGACAACUUUUGUACUACUAAAACUUAUACACCAGCAUAAAAUUCUAAUGAUAAAGGAGUAACAUUAUAUUAUAAUUCUACAGCUCAAAAAAAUACAGAUAGAAGCAUUUAUUGCAGAAAUUGAAAAACUUAAUGAUGUUCUUAAAAAAAAGGUUAAUUUGAUUAAUGAACUUACUGCUAAAUUAAAUUUAAAUGAGGCUCAUCUAUAAGAAAAGAGAGAAGAAUAAUAAAAUUUAAAAACAUCCUAUUUACGUUAAAUAGAAGAAUAGAAAUAAAAGAUUGAAGACUUGUUACUAAAGAAUUAAUAGCUUAAAGAAACUAAUUUUUAAUAGCAAUAAGAGUUAGAAAAUCUAUUUCUAUAGAUUGAAUAAUAUAAUAAAGAAUCUCAAAAGCUAAAAGAAACCCUAAAAAAUUCAUAAACUAUUCACAACGAACUUGAAACUAAAUAAUUAAAAAUUGAACUUAAUAAUUAAAAAUAAGAAAUCACUCGUUUAUAAAUUUAAUUAAUGGAAGAAAAAAAAGAAAAUAAUUAAUUAAUACUAUAAGUUGAGGAACUCAAUAAUUAAUCUCCAAUUAAAAUUCUAGAAAAAUCUUUAAAUGAUUAAUAAACAACUAUAGACAACCAAAAAUAAUGUAUAGCACAACUAAGAAAAACUAUUAAUUUACUUGAAUAGAAUAUUUCUGAUUAAUUUACAAGUGAAAAUUCAUAUAAUCAACUUAUUAAUGCUUUUAAUUCUUAUAAAGAACAACAAAAAGAAUCUGAAUCUAAGUUAAAUAAAAUUAUAAAGAGUAAGGAAACAGAAAUUAUGGAUUUAAAAGACAAUUUUCAAAGUUAAUAGAUUUAAUUAGAAUAAUCUAAUCUUUUAGUAAUCUCAUUAUAAAAUUAAAUUGAGAAAUUAAAAAAUAUGAUGAAAUUAAAAAUAGAAGAUUUUGAUAUCAAAAAAUUUGAAAAUGAUUUAGUAUUUUAAUAACCUCUUCAUUAACAUAAUAAAAAUUUUAGUAAAAAAUUAAAUAAAGAUCAAUUUGGAACUCCAUAAAAUCAUGCCUCAUAACAUCAAUAAAUAAAUUUUAUUGUAUAUCUAUAUUUGUUAUAAAUCUUAGAAAGAAUAAUGUAGACAUAUUCCUAUGUCAAGUUAAAAUUUUGAGAAAGAACUAUAAUCUUACAAAAAUAAAAUGAAUAGUCCAUCAAAUAUAAAAUUUAGAUAAGAUAUUAAAGAAGGAUAUUAAAAUAAAAAAGUUUGUUGA